AUGCCGCUCGUCAAUCGCCCGGUGGUGCGCGUCGGAAUAUGCGCGAUGAACAAAAAAGCGAAGAGCAAGGCGAUGCGCGAGAUCUUGACGCGUCUGGAGAAGUACGGCGAGUUCGAGAUCAUCAUCUUCGGGGACGAGUGCAUCCUGCAGCAGCCGAUCGAGGAGUGGCCGAUCGUGGACGCGCUCAUCUCGUUCUUCAGCGACGGGUUCCCGCUGGCGAAGGCGCAAUCGUACGCGACGCUCCGCGAGCCUUUCGUCGUGAACGACCUCGAGACGCAGUGGGACCUCCUCGACCGACGCGUGGUGUAUAAGACGCUGCAGGACAACGACAUCCCGGUCCCGCCGCACAUCGUCGUGAACCGGAACGAUCCGGUGACGCGCGGGGUGAUGCCGUCGCACGACGCGGUCCGCGAGGCGCCGCAUUUCGUCGAGGCGGAGGACUACGUUGAAAACGACGGCGUGCGCGUGUCCAAGCCGUUCGUGGAGAAGCCCGCGAACGCGGAGAACCACAACAUAUGCAUCUACUACCCUCACACCGUCGGCGGCGGGUACAAAGCGCUGUUCCGGAAGAUUGGGAACCAAGCGUCGAAGUAUUACCCCGCGCCGCCGCCCGGGGAUAACAAUCGGCCGUACUCGCUCGUGAGGCGCGACCAGUCGUUCAUCUACGAGGACUUCAUGUCCACGGGCGGCACGGACGUCAAGGUGUACACCGUCGGGCCCAACUACGCGCACGCGGAGGCGAGGAAGUCGCCGGUCGUGGACGGGCGCGUCCAGAGAGACGCGAACGGGAAAGAGGAGCGGUUCCCGGUGCUCUUAACCCCGGAUGAAAAAGAAAUCGCGCGACGCGUGUGCCUCGCGUUCGGGCAGAUGGUCUGCGGGUUCGACCUGCUUCGCACGAAAGGCCGGUCCUACGUCUGCGACGUGAACGGGUGGUCGUUCGUGAAGAACAGCACGAAGUAUUUCGACGACGCCGCGCUGUGCUUGCGGGCGAUGAUAUUACAGGCGGUGGCGCCGCAUCACAGCAAGACGAUCGCGGCGGAGAGGGCGGCGGCGGCCACCACGGGCGAGGCGGAGGAGGCAGCCUCGCUUCUCGGCGGCGACCGCGACGAUGUCGGCACACCAGGGAACAACAAGAAGGGGGAGAAGCACAAGGGAAAGAAAGAGGAGCUCCGAGCCGUGCUCGCGGUCAUCCGGCACGGCGACAGGACGCCGAAGCAAAAGAUGAAGAUGCGCGUGAAGGACCAGCCUCUGCUCGACCUGCUCGCGCGGUGCACGCACGGACGCGCGCGGAAGCAGGCGAAACUGAAGACGCCGCAGCGACUGCAGGAGCUUCUGAACAUCUGCAGGGAGCUGUACGCGACGAGGCUGACGGAAGGGCCGAAGAAGGACGACGCGGAAGAGGGGGGAAGAGGGCGAGAGGACUGGGACGAAGAGGUGGAUCAGUGGAAGCAGGUGGUGUCCAUCUUGCAAGAGGGCGGGCACUUCAGCGGGAUCAACCGCAAGGCGCAGCUCAAGCCGCUGUCGUGGGACCCGAUCCCAGAGAGCGAGCGCGCGCCGCCGGGGCCGGACGGGAAGGAGGGGCCCUCCGAGAAGGUCACGGAGGCGCUCCUGAUUCUCAAAUUCGGCGGCGUGCUGACGCACUUGGGGAAGAACCAGGCGGAGUUUCUCGGGAGAGAUUUUCGCAUGCGGAUGUAUCCGGGCGGGAAUUACUACGACCACGGCAACGGCAUCGCGGACGGCCUUCUGCGCCUUCACAGCACGUAUCGACACGACCUGAAGAUUUACUCCUCGGACGAGGGAAGAGUGCAGAUCACCGCCGCGGCGUUCGCGAAAGGUUUACUAGACCUCGAGACGCAGGACGACCAGCUCACGCCUAUUCUCGCGUCGCUCGUGAACAAAGACGCGAAGCUCUUAGACUUCGUCACGCACGAGGUCGAGGAGGAUAUCCUUCACGCGAAGCAGAAGCUGUACAACAUCAUGACCGAGGGGAAAGGCGGGUCGAUCUCGCGUCGCCCCCCCGGCGUGCCCCCGGAGUCGCUCAAGCUGCUCCACAUGAUGGUCGACCUGAUCCAAGUCCUGACGCGACAACUCCGCGACCAGUGCUUCGAACACGCGAACAAAAAGAGCGUCGGAUCGCCUGGGGAGGCGACGUGGGUCGAAACCCUCGCCGCGCUCGCGCCGCGAGGCAGCCGCGGCCUCAUCGACGCGCACGGCCCCGCGGGCGGGGAGUCGUUCCUCCUCAUGCACGCGCGCUGGAAGAAGCUCGAGCAGGACAUAUAUCACCCGAGGAAAAACCGGUUCGACAUCUCGAAAGUGCCGGACGUGUACGACAUGGCGAAAUACGACGCGAUUCACAACCCGCACCUGAACCUGGACGGUCUCGAGGAGCUCUAUCGCGUCAGCAAGUGCCUCGCCGAGGGCGUCGUCCCGAACGAAUACGGCACGCACCCGCCGAGUAAGCUUCGCAUCGGCGGCACGAUCGCGCACUCGCUGCUCGUGAAGCUGCUGCAGGACAUGUUCACGACGAGAGAGGAGUCCGGCGGCCAAACUCGAACGUCGAACGACGGCGCGGGGGUCCCAGACCUCGCGGCGGACGGCGGCGCCGCAAAAGAAGAGUCCAACGACCCGAGGAAGGAGGACGAGGACGACGACCUGAAGGCGCUCAAGGAGGAGGAGGAGACGGAGCUCUCCACGACGCGUCUGAACCAUAGAUACGCCAACACCGUCGGCGUCAACUCGCCGCAUCGGCACGUUCGGACGCGCCUGUACUUCACCUCCGAGUCGCACAUCCACUCGCUGCUCAACGUGUUGCGGUACUGCAACCUCGAGGUCGCGCAGCGGAUUCGGAUGAUGGAGCAUGGCGCGUGCACCCUGGAGGGCGUCGGCGAUUUGGACUACCUCACGCACAUCGUGUUUCGAAUGUACGAGUGCUUCGACGUCCCGGCGACGGACCCGAAGCGGUUCAGGAUCGAGAUUUUGCUCUCGACGGGCGUCGGGUUGGACCCUUUCAAACAAGACGUCAUCGCCGAGUUUAAAACCGCCGCGGAGAACGCGAAGAACAAAGAAGCCGAGGCGAAGAAACCCAAACGCGGGAGCAUCGACGGCCGGGAGACGGAGUACAAGCUUCCGGUGUUGAAAAAGUCGCCGAUCCACAACGAUCGCGCGUGCGUGAGCGCCGCGGAGGAUAAGAAGGGCGCCGCCGCCGGCGCGGCCAAAGAGGAUGGCAAAGAGACCCCGCUCCCGGCGGAGUACCUGACGUUGAACGCGCUCGAGACGUACCUGUGGAAGUUUCGCCGAAAGUACCGCGACGGCGACGCGCGCGGGUCGGACCCUAACGCGUAUCAGUCGCAGUCCGAGUGGUCGUCGCCGACAAAGCUCGCGAGCGACGGGUCUGCUGGCGUCGGCGGCGGGAACUCCGUGAAGGCGUCCCCCGCGGUGAAGGAGAAGAAGGAGAAGAAGGAGAAGAAGGAGAAGAAGGAGAAGCGGAAGAAGGCGGACGACAGCGACAGCGACUAG